AGCCGUUUUAGCUCAAGCCCAACAAAUAUUUCGCCUUCGCCCUUUAGUCCAAGCGCUUACAGCAGUCAGCGGCGAUGCCUUUGCGGAGCGGAGUUUGCAGGAUCUGGAACGAUGAAAAGGGCUUCGGCUUCAUCACGUCUGACGACGGUGCCGGUGAUUAUUUCUGUCACAGGUUGGUCGUGGAGGGGUCCAAUUAUUUGAAUCCAGGCGACCGUGUCGAGUUCACCCUCGAGCACGACAAGGAAAGAAGAAAGUACAAGGUGGCGGGCUGCCAGAUCGUCGAGAGGGUGGAGGGCGGCGCCAAGGCCGUCGCCCUGGGAUUAGCAGGCAAGGGCGCGGGCGAGAAGGGAGGCAGGGGCGACGGCGGCGGCAGGGGGGGCGGCGGCGGAGCCUACUCGCCCUACGGCGGCCCUGCCAACCCGUACCCGUGGAGAGCUGGCGGGAAGAAGUAGACCGAGGCAGGAGCAGGGAGGGGCCGCCGCGCGCGCCCCGCCGCCGCGAGUGCACCGACAACUCCAGGGCGGCGGCCGCCGACCGGGCUGUCGGCCGACGCCCACCCCCGCCGAGGCGGGCAGACUCCCUCUUCUGCUGCUCGGCCGCGCCGCCGAGCAGUGCUCCCCGGGGGAAAAGCGCGCGUGCACGGCACCCGCUGCCUCUCCCUUCCUCUCCUCGCGCGCCCCCCCCCCCCCUCUCGCCUCCUCGUCCGUGCACUCCUCCUCCUGCCACCUCCCGCGUCCGUCUCCUCGUGUCCCGCCUCCCCCCUCGCUUCCUGUGCUCUCUCGCGCGGUCUCUUCCUUGGGCGCCGCCGGGCGUGGAGCUGCCGCGGUCCUGCUGCGUCCCUGGAGUGCCCCGCGGAGUGGCAUGUUGCGCAGGCCCGAACGGGACCUCGCCCUCCUUCGGUGCUGACAGGCGUUCGGCCGUCGCCGCUUUGCCGAGCCCAUGGCAGGGACCUCGCCCUCGAGGUGCGGCCAGGCGCGAAGCUGCUGUUUCUGGGCUGCGCCGUGAGAAGAGGUCGGCGGAGUGAGGCCCACCUGGGACCUCUCCCUCCCUGGGUGCUGCUUGGAGUGCAGCUCUCGCCGUUUUGCUGCGUCCCCCUCGCGGGCUCGGGGGGGCCCAGCGGAGUGGAGCGGCCGCUCACGCAGACCCCAACGGGACCUCGCCCCCCUUCUCAGAGGGUGCUGCCCGGCGCGCGGCAGCUGCCUCGGGAUCUGCUGCGGCUGUGCGGCUCAGCUCCGAGUGCCCACACGGAGCGGUGCAGGGGGGAGGCCAACAAUUUUGCACUGUCCCGGCGCCCGUGAGCGUUCGUGCG